UUCAAUCUCAUCUUUAACAGAGCGCAGGACUUGAAAACUAAAAAGCAUCACGUCCCUCUGGUUGACCGGACACCGCUGGAGCCGCCGCCCAUUGUUGUUGUUGUGGUGGGACCCCCUAAAGUGGGAAAGAGUACUUUAAUCCGGUGUCUGAUUCAGAACUUCACCAAGCAAAAGUUGACAGAGAUCAGGGGGCCAGUCACUAUCAUUGCAGGCAAGAAGCGGCGGCUCUCCAUUAUUGAGUGUGGCAACGAUAUUAACUCAAUGAUCGACUUGGCCAAAGUGGCUGAUUUGGUUUUGAUGCUGACUGAUGCCAGCUUUGGCUUUGAAAUGGAGACAUUUGAAUUCCUGAACAUCUGUCAGGUCCACGGUUUCCCUAAGAUCAUGGGUGUCCUCACCCACCUGGACACCAUAAAAAACAACAAGCAGUUGAAGAAGACAAAGAAAAGAUUGAAGCAUCGGUUCUGGACUGAGGUCUACCAGGGUGCAAAGCUCUUCUACCUGUCAGGAAUGGUCCACGGGCAGUAUCAGAAGCAGGAGAUCCACAACCUGGGCCGAUUUAUCUCAGUGAUGAAGUUUCGCCCACUGGUCUGGCAAAUGGCACAUCCUUACAUCUUGGCCGACAGAAUGGAAGAUCUGACCAACCUUGAGGAUGUGCGGGUGAACCAGAAGUGUGACCGUAGGAUAACAAUGUACGGGUACCUGCGUGGGACGUACCUCAAGGACAACAGUCAGGUUCACGUACCCGGUGUUGGUGACUUCAUGGUGAAUAAAGUCGACUUCCUUCCAGAUCCCUGCCCCCUUCCAGAGCAGCUGAAGAAACGGUCGUUGAAUGAGAAAGAAAGGAUGAUCUAUGCCCCAAUGUCUGGUGUUGGGGGGAUUAUUUAUGAUAAAGAUGCCGUGUAUAUCGAUUUGGGUGGAAGCCAUGCACACAGAGAUGAGGAGGAACAAAGGCCAACCCAUGAGCUGAUGCAGAGUCUCAUUACGACACAUAGCACCAUUGAUAACAAGAUGGUUUCCAGCAAAGUCUCCCUCUUUAUGGAUUCACAUCCGCUGGGAUAUGAAGAAUUAGACGAAGACAGAUGCAGAAUGCCAAAAGAGGAGAAGGUGUUAGAUCCUGGGAGUGAGCGCAUGCGUCGCAAGGCGGUGUUUGAAGAUGAGGGUUGUGAGCAAAUGUCUGAAAGUGACGAGGAGGAUGAGCAUGAAAAUUGUGAUGAAACGGAGAGUGAAGAUGAAGAAACAAGCAGCAGUCCAAAGCAGACUAGAGAAGGAUGUCAUCCCCAGCUGCCCGAAGCCGUGCUGCUGGAGGGGAUGUGCGCAGGAGCUGCAGAGGAAAGGCCAGCAUUCGCUGAUGCUGACGACAGCCUGGAGGUUGAGUCAGAGACGGAAGUGACCGAUGGGUCCGAUGGGGAAGAGGACAUCGUUAGUGACUCUGCAGCGAGCUCCUUGCAUUCUGAUAACCAAGAAACACAGGAGGAAAGUUCGCAAAGAGGUUUGAUCAGUAUUCGGAGAGAUCAGGGGCGAACGAUGUCAGAGACGGAUACUUCCGAUGAUGAUGAAAGUCCGGACAUGGUUGUGCAAACGACAGGGAAAAACACGACGGGCCCAGAAUUGUCAGAGGGUCUGCAGAAUCGGAGAACGGGUAACGUGGAAGAAUUACUUAAAGGCGAUAUUGAAGAAAAGACUGACAUAAAUGAUGAAACACCUGGUUUGUUGAAAUGGAAGGAAGGGCUAGCCCAGCGUGCAGCUGAUGUCUUCGUCCAGCAGCAGUCAGCUCCAAACCUCCGGAAACUGGUCUACGGAACAGUCAGUGAAGACAAAGAGGAUGAGGAAGAUGAUGUAUUUGGAGGAAUCUUCCACGUUAGCAAGCUUAACAAAGUAUCCAGAAGCAAAGACAACAGCCUGGAUUCCACAAUAUUUCCUGUGAAGAAUCUUCUUGACUGGGACUUGGAAGAGGUAAGGACUAGUGUCCAGGAUUGUUUUGUGACUGGAAAAUGGGAUUUGGAUGAGGAUGCAGCGGCACUCCUUGAAGAAGAUGAUUCUGUAUAUGGAGCAUUCGAGGAUUUAGAGACGGGAGAGGUUCAUGAGGGGCAACACGAUGCAGUAAAGCAAAGCCAGGAGGAAAAGGAUAUGUCAGAUGACGAAGACAACAAUGAUCCCAGAAACCCAAAGGAGGAGGAAGAACAAAACAGGCGUUUGGCGAAGAAGCGGAAAUUGAAGGAAAUGUUUGACGUUGAGUAUGACGAUGGGGAUGCCACUUACUUCAGUGAUCUGAAAGAUGAAAUGCAGAAGCAAGCACAGCUUAAUCGGGCGGAAUUUGAUGACCAAACUGACGAGACCCGGGUUCAGUACGAAGGUUUCAGACCUGGAAUGUACGUGCGAGUUGAGAUCGAGAACGUACCCUUUGAAUUUGUCACAAACUUCGACUCCCAUUAUCCGUUAAUUCUCGGCGGCUUGGGAAGCAGCGAAGGAAACAUUGGAUAUCUGCAGAUGCGUUUGAAGAAGCAUCGAUGGCACAAGAAGAUUCUGAAGACCAGGGACCCACUGAUCUUCUCACUUGGCUGGAGGCGCUUUCAGACCAUCCCGCUGUAUCACAUAGAGGACCACAAUGGACGUCACAGACUGCUCAAGUACACACCCGAGCACAUGCACUGUACUGCUACUAUUUGGGGUCCAAUUACUCCACAAGGCACAGGGUUUUUUGCAAUUUCAUCUAUGAAUGGUGGUUCGAAAGAUUUCAGAAUUGCAGCGACGGGUGUAGUGCUGAACCUCGAUAAAUCCAUUAGUGUCGUUAAAAAACUCAAGUUGAUUGGAUUCCCAUUCAAGAUAUACAAGAACACCGCCUUCAUAAAGGGAAUGUUUAACUCUGCUCUGGAAGUGGCCAAGUUUGAAAAUGCGUCACUGCGAAGUGUAAGUGGAAUCCGUGGUCAGGUGAAGAAAGCGCUCCGUGCCCCAGAGGGUGCUUUCAGAGCCUCCUUCGAAGACAAGCUGUUAAUGAGUGACAUCAUUUUCAUGAGAACGUGGUACCCAGUUUCGGUGCCGAAGUUGUAUAAUCCAGUCACCUCAUUGCUCAGGCCGAACACUGAAAGGGAGUGCUGGACUGGGAUGAGGACCGUUGGACAGCUCAAACAUGACCUGGGCGUCAGGAUGAAACCCAACAAGGAUUCCCUCUACAAGCCCAUUCAGAGAAAGGCGAAGCAUUUUAACGCCCUCUACAUCCCCAAGGCACUGCAGAAAGCCCUGCCCUUUAAGAGCAAACCCAAAAACCAAGAGAAGCUUCCCAAAAUACCGGGCGAUUUGAAGCGAGUCGCUGUUAUAAAGAGUGCACACGAGAGAAAGAUCUCGGCCCUGAUCUCUGCUCUGAGCACUGUUAAUGCGAACAAGGCACAGAAACAUCACAAGAAAGAGAAGCAACAGCACAAGGAGUUCCUUGCCCAGAAACAGAAAGAGCAAGAGGGUAAGAUUAAAAGGCAAAAAGAAGCUCGAAAGAAAAUCUUCCGAGUGCUGGGUCAGAAGGAGAAGCUCAAAAUGAAAUCCAGCCUGAAGGGAACUGAAGAAGAUUGAAGUACCUGACAUCACUCGUUCACCUGCAGCCACUGACGCUGCAGCAAAUCCUAGCUGCAAAACGAACUGUACAUUUGCAUCAGAACUUGUCCUUCUCCUUUGCACACAUUUUAGGAAGUUCCAUCUGCAAAGAAUAUUUUAUAAAAAUUUAUCCUGAGGCAAAAAGGUAAUGGAAGACAAAAUAUUGCAUUCUCUGUUAAAUACUCCUUGCCUUAUAUAAAGCGUUCUUAGAAAAACUUAAAAA